GCAGAGACCCGGCGUGUCUGGAGACGAUAGCUGAGCUGUUCGUUUUUUUUUCGAGCAUCCCAGGACGUUCAGAACCUGUAGUCUAGUUGAUUCUUGGAUACAGCCGUGAAGAGCUCCAAGAACGAGACUUUUAUUUAACAAGGACACCGUGUUCAGGAGAGGAUUUGCGCUUUGUGAGCAGAUCAGUCCGCCUCCUCUUUGAUUCAGUCCGGAAACGCCCUUGUGAAAAUGGGGUGAUUGUUUUCUUUCAUCAUCUCUUUAUGUAACCUGGAAUCAGCCCAGGACAUUGCUCCUCCUGAUGUCAGAAGAUCUACACUCCAAGCCCUAUCACUUCCCUGUGCUGGAGGAUGAGGAUGGAGCCUCGGGGUGCAGCUCCAUGGCACAGCUGCACCGAAUGGGUGGCUUCAGCCAAGGUGGGCCAGACUUAGGCCUCCCAUCAGAAGGCAGCGACAGCAGUGGUCAGGACCCUCCUGCCUCGCCACACAGCCAUCGUAAAAGCAACCACUCUCUAACGCUCCACGAGGAGGAUGUGGAGAUGAAGAGCAGUGGCUCCAGCGGGAGCGGGACUGAAUCACAUGGCAAUGAAAGCCACGGUAAUGAGAGUCAUGGCAACGAAAGCAACGGCCAUGAAUCAGUGGGUAGCUCCAAUGGCAACAGCAAGGACUCAGCGCUGCUGGAGUCUUCGGAAAGCAACAAGAGCUCAAACUCCCACAGUCCAUCUCCUCCCAGCAGCUCUAACGCCUUCAGUUUGCUGAGUUCCGAGCAGGACAACCCAUCAACCAGCGGCUGCAGUAGUCAGGAGUCGGCCAAAGCAAAGACCCAGAAGGAGGUGAUAAAAACUCUGAAAGAGCUGAAGCUUCAUCUCCCUGCUGAGAAGAGACACAAUAAUAAGUCCAGCACAUUGAACACUCUGAAGUACGCCCUACGCUGUGUCAGACAGGUGGAAGCCAAUGAGGAGUAUUACCAGCUGCUGAUGAUCAAUGACAGUCAGCCUUCAGGCCUGGAUGUGUCCUCUUACACUAUCGAGGAGAUAGACAGCAUUACUUCUGAAUACACACUCAAAAACAAUGACAUUUUUGCAGUAGCAGUGUCGCUGAACACAGGAAGGAUUGUCUACAUCUCUGAUCAGGCUGCUUCCAUCCUCAACUGCAAAAGAGAUGUGUUCAAAAACACCAAGUUUGUUGAGUUCCUCACGCCACAGGAUGUCAGUGUCUUUUACAGCUUCACAACACCGUAUCGCCUGCCAUCCUGGAGCAUGUGCACUGGAGCAGAGUCGUCCCCUUCAGACUGCAUGCAGGAGAGGUCUUUCUUCUGUCGUAUCAGCGGUGGUAAAGAGUGCAAAGGUGAUCUGCAAUACUAUCCGUUCCGCAUGACGCCAUACCUGAUGAAGGUCCAAGACACCGUACAUACUGAAGACCAGUUCUGCUGCCUCCUGCUGGCUGAGAGAGUUCACUCUGGUUAUGAUGCACCCAGAAUACCAACAGAUAAACGCAUCUUCACUACCACACACACUCCCAAUUGUGUGUUUCAAGAUGUUGAUGAGAGAGCUGUUCCUCUUCUUGGCUACCUGCCCCAGGACCUCAUUGGCACACCAGUCCUCCUCCACCUGCAUCCCAAUGACCGACCUAUUAUGCUGGCUAUUCACAGAAAAAUUCUUCAGUAUGCAGGGCAGCCGUUCGAACACUCGUCCAUCCGAUUCUGUGUGAGGAAUGGAGAAUACAUCAUUCUUGACACCAGCUGGUCCAGUUUUGUGAACCCUUGGAGCCGCAAGGUGUCCUUUGUCAUCGGGAGACACAAAGUGCGGAUGGGCCCUGUAAAUGAGGAUAUUUUUGUGGCCCCAGCGCCCUCUGUCAGAGACAGGAAGACCAUGGACUCUGACAUCCAAGAGAUUACAGAGCAGAUCCAUAAACUGUUGCUACAGCCAGUUCAUACCAGUGGGUCCAGUGGCUACGGUAGUCUGAGCAGAACUGACCACCUUUUGGGCCUAACCUCCUCUAGUGAGAGCCUGGACAAGUGCAGCAGGAACAAGAUGCAGCUAGAUGAGGAGGAACUGAGCAGCAAAGCAAGACCUCGAACAUUUCAAGAAAUCUGUAAAGGAAUCCACCUUCAGAAGAGCCAGAAGCAGCAUACAGCCAAAACAGACAACAAGAGCACCAAUGGAAUAGAGUCUGUACAGAAGAGCCUGGCUGUGGUUGUGUCAAAAGACUUGGCAGCUCCUCUCAGCUGGAAGGAGACAGGUUUCCCUUCGCUGGAGAGCAGGUCCUCUUCCCAGGAGCACAUGGCCUUUAAUGAUCAGACUGUCUACUCCUACCAGCAGAUCAGCUGUCUGGACAGUGUCGUCAGGUACUUGGAGAGCUGUAAUGUUCCUAUUACCAUGAAGAGGAAGUGCCAGUCUUCAUCCAACACCACAUCAUCAAACUCAGAUGACGGCAAACCGAAAGGAACAAACAACAUGCAGGGGUCUGAAGAACCAGCCUUGUUAAAGGAUCAGUCUGUUCUCUCCACUUUGGAUGAUCAAGACAAAAAGUCAAGCGACGCAGCCACAGCCGUAGUGGGCACCUCGCUGCCCCUACCUGUUCCUAACAAGCCAGAAAGUGUGGUUUCUAUAACCAGCCAGUGUAGCUACAGUAGCACCAUAGUGCAUGUUGGGGACAAGAAACCUCACCCUGAGUCAGAGAUCAUAGAGGACAUGCCUGUAACAGGAGAGACAGUGGAAUCCGUCCAGAACAAUGGGUCUUCUGCUUCUACUGUUUCACCUCCUAGCCUGGAGAGGGAGUCUUACAAGAAGCUGGGGCUAACCAAGCAGGUUUUGGCAGCCCAUACUCAGAAGGAGGAGCAAGCCUUUUUGUAUCGCUUCAGGGAGCUUCGCAGACUCACAGCACUGAAAGCAAACUGCUCACAGUAUCUGGAGCGCCAGAGAGAGCAAAUAGACAACAAUGCUGGACCAGCAGCUCAGUCCUGUAAGCAUGCUGGACCAGCAGAGCUCACCACGCGGCGGGGCACACGGAAUAAGAAGACCAAGUCAAAGCGAGCAAAGCAAGUGGAGUCUUCAGACAGUGCAGUGUCCCGUCACAGACAACAACACCUGCGGCCUCCUCUGCUAAACCAGGGCCUAAACCCCACCUCUUGGUCUCGUUCUGACACCUCACAGUCACAGACUUUUCCCAUGGCUUACUCCCCCAUCAUGCCAGGAUAUCCUGUCCAGGUUUACCCCAGAGUCAGCCCCCAUACAGACACCGCAGGAUUUGGGGUUAACCAGGGCAACCAGGCCCCUCCCUGCCCCGCCACCAUCCAUCCUGCCCCCUACACCACCCCCAUGGUCACCUCUGUUGUUGCACUAGUGCUACCCAAUUAUGUGUUCCCUCAAGUGGCUCCUGGUCCACUGCCACCACCUCAACCAGGGUAUCACCCAGAGACCAGCUUCUCAGUCCAGACUCAGCCUUUCUGCCAAGCUGGCUUUCCUGGUCAGGUCCCCUUCACAGCUCCACCGUCCAUCUGUGUUCAGAACCAGUUAAACUCCCAGAACCAUUUUGCCCCUCAAGCAGGCAACCCAACCCCGCAAUUCUGCUGCCCUCCAUCCUCAGAAACCCCAAAGGCCCACAUGGAGGGUCAGUCUCGGUCCUCAAGUCCACAGUCAGGAGGACGAGAAUCGCCACCCAUGUUUCAGUCUCGCUGCAGCUCACCACUAAACCUACUGGAGCUGGAGCUAUCUGUGGACAGACAGGACAGCACAGUGCUCUCUUCUGGAGGACAAGGGAAUAACGCAAGUGAAAGGGAGAAAGUGAGCAGCAGCCAGGCCAAGGACAGGGAGCUGCAGCAGCCAUCUCUCAGUCUCCUUGGUCCACCAGGACCGCUCUAUUCUGAGGGCACGCCCUGUGUCUGUGAGCUUUUGUCUUGGGAUAAAGUGUGCUCUAGGCUGAGGGCUUGCAGCAAAAAGGACAGUUCCCGUGGUGAUGGCAACAACAGUGAUGUCAACUCUUUAUCUAGCGACAUGUUGGACAUCAUUCUCCAUGAGGACUCUUGCUCAGGUACUGGCUCAGCCACCUCAGGGUCCAUGGGCUCAGGAUCUAAUGGUUGUGGAACUUCAGCCAGCGGGACAUCCAAUAGCCGGACUUCUAAGAGCAGAACAUCAGCUAGUGGAGCCUCUGCAAGUGGGACCUCUGGCAGUGGAACAGGAAGCAACAACAGUAGUAAUUACUUUGGCAGCGUGGACUCAUCCCAGAACAGCCAGAAGGUCGACAGUCACUUGAGCAGCGGCGAUGGAAGGUUGAUGGAAAUAGAUCAGGGCGACAGCUUCAUGAAGUAUGUACUGCAGGACCCGCUGUGGCUGGUCAUGGCCAACACUGAUGAUGAAGUCAUGAUGACCUAUCAGCUGCCCUCACGCGACAUCCAGAAGGUGCUCAAAGAGGACAGAGAGAAGCUGAAGCUGCUACAGAAGAGUCAGCCACGCUUCUCAGAGGAGCAGAAGAAGGAGCUGAACGAGGUCCAUCCCUGGAUUAAGAAGGGAGAGAUACCAAAAGCAGUAAAUGUCAAGGUGUGCUCGUGCUGUGACGGUUCAUCAGAGGCAGCAGAAGCAGCAGAGGAAGCUCAUCGAGACUUGGACAUUGGUGAUACUGAUUCAGGGGAUGCUGACUGUCAACAGAGGUCCAGAGAUGAACCCUUAAACACUGAUAUCAUUUCCUGCCAUGACCUGUCUUCUGGCUCUCAUACACAACCAGCCUGACUGCUCCAGACUCUUAGGGCUCACGCACACAAGACCCAGUUGCCCGUUCCAUGUCGAAGCACGAUUGUCCUCCCUCAACAAUCACCCACACACCUGAACCCACACUGAUGUAAGCUCAACUGGCCCUGAGCACAUUCACCUCUUGUGUAUUUGUCCUCAUGUCAUGUUUGCGCCUGCCCAAAUUCUAAGUGAACACUUUACCUCUGCAUCUGACCAAUCAGAACCCAUUUUCACAUUUUUUAAAAUGGCUGUUGAGAGGGUUGGUUCAGUUACAUCAUGUCCAUGUCCAUGCUCCUGCUUGUGCAUGAGCAACUGUACUGAAGUCCACCUCUUCCCGCUGGUACAGAGCAUACGUUAGUAAAACAAACUGGACUUUAGAGGUCAAAUGUGUUGGAUUGCCUUGUAUGAGUGUGCCCUCUUGAUACCCAUCAGCCUCUUGUUCUACAACACUGCAAAGAGAGACCUAGUUUAAGGAAACAGCAUACAAGCCCUUCACACUUAUCACUGUUGUUGUGCUGUUUUUAUUUGAGUUGUGCCUGUUUAGGAGUCAGGAAAGCUGCUUCAAACAGUGGAGACAGAAUGUGAACAUUCAAAUAACACUUUAGUUUAUUUUGAUGUUUCUAAUUACACUAGAGGGAUGCUUCUAUUCUCUUAGCAUAAAGUGCUGGCUUUCCUUUAUGUCUGUGUAGCGGUGGAAAUUUGCAGCACCUGGAUAAAGGGAUCUUGAAGAAGAGAAGCAGAAUUCAAUAAGGGAAACAUAAUAUGUGCUCAUUCACCAGGAAGCAGGGAAAGUACCCAUGAACCAACCGGAGGCUGCAAGGACAAAUCUCUGUGGUGUUCUAGUGGCAGACAAUGAUUGAAUUCAGUACUUUCUGAUGUCCCUUCCUCAACACUGUGCUACGUCAGAAAAGGAAGAAACAUGCCUAGCCAUGGAAUACUAUGUGAAGAGCACAUUUUUAGCUGCACUAGAAAAGGAAAGGAAUGAUUGACACUCCUGUAUGUGUGUGCUGUUUGCGCAGUUUCUGGUGGUGGAUAAAGUGGGAGGAAAAUAAAAGACCAACAUAUAAAAGGUUUUCACCACCUCCACAAGAUGGGAUUUAUUGACGCAUUAAAAUGUAAGCAGCAUUUUUUAGCUGGUCAAGGCCAAAACACUUUUUUCAUGUAUGUUUUUGGAAGAUGUUCUCUUAUAAAUUAUCAUUUUUAAUAUGAUGAUUAACUCCAGCUGUCAGAUGAAUCGACAGCGUAUAAAGAGCUAUGAUUCCCAUGUAUAAAGUAACAAAAUAAAAUUUCUUUGGUACAAAUGUUUAGGAAUCUCAGGCAGGUUGGAGGUGGUGAAAACAUUUGUGAACAAGACAAUCAGGAGCAACAAAACUGUGAGCUGAUGUACCAAUCAGCACUAUCAUGUUUUAUGAUUGCAUCAUGAUUUUAAAGCUGCCUGUGUCACAUACUACCACUGCUGCUGUUAUAUUUUCAGUGUCUGCUGUGAGUCUUUGUCUUAUAUCUAUUUAAAACAUGCUUCUUGUUUAGUUUAAGAAGCACUGUAAGGUAUUUCUUGUAGUCCAUGUCUGAGUGUAUAUAUUUCUACAUACAAUAUAUAUUUUUCUGUGCAGAGAAAUUAGUGAUUUUAAGUUACCAUAGAAUAUUUGUGUGAAACAGAAAUGAGGACCACCAUUCAUAAUAAUUCUUGUUUAUAAUAUUUAAAAACUGUGCAAUAAUGUUUCCCAACAUGGACUGUUGUAAAGCCGGGGUUGUUUUUGUUGGUUGUGUGGUAAAACGGGGAGGAAAUCGCCUUCUCCUCUGUCUGAAUGUGUGCCACAUGACACUUGAAAAGGUCUGAUGUUGGUCCUCGUAAAUAUGGAGAAGAGGAUGCAGUGGAAGUGAGUGAAGCUCAUUGCUGUUCAGAACAAACAGUGUGCUCACUUCAGAAGACGCAGUUUAGGGUUAUUGCACUAGUAUAAAGUGGCUCACACAGAUGUCAGGAGACUGUGGACUGCUUUGAAGCUUCUGCUGUAAUAAGACAUGAAACAUUGCUUUUCUCUGCAACUUGAACAUCUUGUGAAUUUGUCAUUUGUCUGUUAUUUUACACUGAUGAUGCACAUUUCUAUUCUUUCUUUUAUGAUUAUUUUGUUUUUAAGCUUUAUUGUGUUUAUUUUUAAGUUUUUAAAGAUUUCUCUUAAUAAAAAACUGCCUAAUCUACAGUGA